AUGGGCUCGACGUCUUCAGAUGGCUCGACAAGCACCCAGAAGCCGACAAAGCAGCUCAAUCUCCCGCUCAACCUGGGGCCCUUUUCGCACCGCCUGCGCAAUUCCUUUGCGGAUAUGCGCACAUCCUCUGCGCUCCACGCUUCUACCUUCGGGCCGUCGCGCUUACCCAUCACACCCGUCGAUGCGACCGCGACCGCAGCCGCCAUUCGGCUGGCUGCGGCCCGUGUUUCCGUCGCGCCGUUGGCCCUUCCUUCCCCGGAGCACGAGCUCACCGAUCCCAUGCGGGGUGUCACAACCGCCAUCCCGGGCUCCCAUCCAGACGUCUUCGCCCAACAGAACCUCCCGCUCAUGUCCCCCAAUGCGGUGAGGAAGAGUCGUCUGAGCAGCUUUUGGCAAGGUACGCAAGACGUGGAGGAUGCGUCAGCGUCGCCAGACCCUGCCGCUGCUGAUACUGAUUCCUUGGAAGCCGCGGAAUCGGAUGACGGCGAGACACGCGACGUCCCCCAGCCCCUCCCACCGGCCGGACAUAGGUUGCGAGCAAUCAAAGUCGGCUCGCCCCUGCUGGCCGAGCGACCUCCCGUCCCUGCACCCGCCACUGCUCCUGUCAUUUCUGCCUCACCCGAGCAGGCCGACGAAGACUACUUUGGCUCUAUCGCGCACUUCGAUGUUUCGCCCUUGGUUGCCGACACCCUCUCUUCCGCCUCCACUUCUGGGACAGUGAUGGUGCGACCCGGGACCGACAUCUCGCGGCAAGUCUCAGCCCCACCAUUUGAUAACGACCCCCAAACUGUGCCUGCCCUCCCCCGCCGGAUAUGCCUUACGCGGCAGACCAGCGCCCCGCUUCCGACGCAGUCGCUGUACGAGCGGCGGCUGCGAGCAUCGCGCCCGGCCAGCGAGAGCGCGGUCAACAACCUCGCGGGCCGUGCCGCGAAAGAGGAGCAGAUGUUCCUCGAGCUGGGGUACCUCGCGCCGCCGAACCCGCCCAACGAGCUGGAGCGCCGGCGAGCGUUGUACCAGUACAACAUCUGGGGCACGGGUCGGGACCCGAACUUCGACCGGAUUGCGCACCUCGUCAAGCUCGUAUUCAACACUCGCAUCGUCAUCAUCACGCUGAUCGAUGGGAACGAACAGUUCCUCAAGUUCGAGUCCGGACUCGGGGUAAGCAACAUGGCAAGGACGAGCUCUCUGUGCGCUCACGCGAUUUUGCAACGUGAUGGCGAGCCUACGGUCAUACUGGAUGCUCAGGACGACUGGCGGUUUUCCCGGAAUCCACUUGUUCUCGGCCAUGCGCACGUCCGGUUCUACGCUGGUUGCCCCCUUCGAACAUCGGACGGGUACAACAUCGGGACACUUGCGAUCAUGGAUGACACUCCCCGGCGGGAGUUCAGCCCUAGGCAGAGACAUACCUUCAAGGAGUUCGCGCAAGUCGCCAUGCGAGAAAUGGAACUUUGGAAAGACAAGAUCCAGCUCCGUGUGCGGGACCGCAUCCAAAUUUCUAUGGAGCAGUUCACGCGGGAGUGUCUUGAGGUCGACAGGGAGCUGAAAGACGAGAAGCCAGGUGGCGCGAACAGGUCACCAAGUUCGGCUUCGAUGGAGCACAUAUACUUGCAAGCUGCCAAGCUCGUCAAGAGAACCCUUGAUGUGGAGGGUGCGAUCGUCGUGGACGUCUCACACAUAGACGUACUAGAGACCGUCGGGUCGGAGUCGGCGGUCUCGACCACGAUACACGACGCGGAUGUGUCGGAUUCGCCCACGCAGAGCCGGAGUUUGGGCAAGGACGAGCAUCGGAAGCUCGCCGAGUUUUUCGAGAAGUUCCCAGAGGGCAAAGUCUGCGAGGGUAUUGUUCAUUCGGGCCUGAGACCCUUCUUGCCCGCAAGGUUACAGUACGCGCUUGCGGUCCCGAUAUACAACAUCGACAAGCGACCAUUCGCCCUGCUGUGUGCAUACAGCACGGGGGAGCGAACAACGCCAUUCCUCGAGGGGCACGAACUUUCGUACUUGCGUGCCAUCGGGGUCAUCAUUCUUUCUGCCGUCCUCAAGCGGCGCAUGGUCCUGGCGGACAAGGCGAAGGGGCUGUUCAUAUCGAACAUCUCACAUGAGCUGCGCACACCUUUGCAUGGGAUUCUCGCGUCCGCGGAGCUGUUGUCCGAAACUUCACUCGAUCACAGCCAAGCAUCCUUCCUGCAGACAGUACAAGCAUGCGGCACGUCGCUCGUCGAGACCGUCAACCACGUGUUGGACUUCACAAAGCUCAGUGGGAACUCGAAGGCGGGUGGCGUCGAAAACGUUAUCAACCUCACAAAGGUCAACCUGAUGCAGCUGAUUGAGGAGGCCACGGAGGGGUGUUGGAUUGGGCAUCGGGCACGUAUGUUCACGAGCGAGAUCGGGAGCGUGUACUCGCCGCCUAAGCAGGACCGCCAGCCGGUUGCCGUGGUCACGCCGCACAAACAUGUCGAGACUGUCAUUGACAUCGGUCACAGCGAGGCUGGGUGGACAGUGCGGUGUGAGAAGGGCGGUAUACGCCGCGUCCUCAUGAACCUGUUCGGGAAUAGCCUGAAGUUCACAUCGGACGGCUUUGUUCACGUAAUGCUGCGGCAGCUGCCUCAUUCGACCGACACGCCGUCCGGGAAGGUUAGGAUAGAAUUGGCGGUGCUCGACACGGGCAAGGGAAUCAGCCAGAACUUCCUGAAGAACCAGCUCUUCCAUCCGUUCACGCAGGAGAACCCGCUACAGACAGGGACCGGGCUCGGUCUGGCCAUUGUGAAUAGCAUCGUCCGGUCUCCCAGCGUCGACGGCAAAGUCGACGUUUGGAGUGCGGAAGGCGUCGGCACGGAUAUCAAGAUCACAUUCGAGGCCGAAGUUCUUGAAGGUGCGAACGAAAUUUCGUGCGCCACGGAGAUGGGCAAGAUCCUGGAACACAGCCCGCGGCCGACCGUUUCCCUCCUCGCCUUCGACACCUCCGCGCGCGGCGUCGAGCUCCUCCGCAACGUGCUCGUCCAGUACAUCGUCACAGACUGGCAUAUCCCGCUCGCGCCCGACAACGCGAGCGGGGACAUCGCGAUCAUCAACGAGGACCCAUCCCCGGUCACGGACGCGAUCGAGCGCAAGGACGCGUCCCGGCCGUUCAUCAUCCUCUCCUCCGCGCGCGGGGACCCGCGGCUGAUGUCGAUCGUGAACGAGUACGAGCACAUCGGGGGCUUCUGCCGCAUCGUCUACAAACCCGUCGGACCCUGCCGCCUCGUCGCCGCCCUCAAGCUCUCCCUCCACGCGCUCAACAUCAGCCGCGGGCCCCGAGCGGUGCCUCCCACGCUCCUCGCGAGCGCCAGCGUGGUCCGCCCGGACUCGCCCUCGCGCUCGACGUCGUACGAUCUGCCCGAGGCCUCGUCGCUCGCACGGCGGUACUCCGAAGAAAGCAGCGGUAGCGGGUGGAGCAUGAGCUUGGAGGGUCGACCACCCAGGCGCCCUGCGCUGGGUCCCCGCGCGGUCACCGCACACCCGCUCACGAGCUGGGAACACAUGCCGGCGACUGUGCAGGAGGAACGGGGGCGCUCCGAGGUGACGAGCCCUGAGCCGGCCGCGCCGACGAGCCCGACGAUCGCGGUGGGCACAGGUGGCACGCUGUUGAGGAGCUCAGUGGGCACUGUCGAGCGUGCGGGGCCGCUGAGGGUGCUCGUGGUGGAGGAUAACAGCAUCUUGCGCAGUCUUCUCGUCAGGUGGCUCGGGAACAUGGGUUACGAGUACCGCGAAGCCGUGGACGGGCAGGAAGGGGUGCGCACGUUCGAGACUGAGGGCUAUUUUGAUGUUGUAUUGCUGGAUCUAUCUAUGCCCAUCUUGGACGGCGUGGGCGCGACCGCGCAGAUACGACAGAUCGAGUCGAGGCGGAAAAACGAGAACGGUACCAGGACACACCCUGCGCGCAUCCUUGCUCUAACCGGAAUGUCGUCUCUCGAAGACAAGCGGAGAGCGUUUGAAGCGGGGGUUGACGGAUACCUUGUGAAACCAGUAGCAUUCAAGACGCUAGACUCAAUGUUCCAACAGCUAGGUGUCUCAUGA